GUAUGCUGUGUAGCUGUCAAGUUUGCUUUGUACGCUACGAACUGUAGUAAAGACAGUGCGUAGUGGUUUUCAAUGCAAACUCGGUAAAUUUGGUAUUUUAUUUGGCCUCUUUCAUAUACCCAUUUUGGCACCAUCUGGCGGUGCUAGUUGUAACGAACGUGCUACUUGCAAGUCUGCAAGACAAUAACAUAAUGGCUAGCACAGACACGACGGAAACCCCUUCUUCUGACGCGGGGGAUGCUCAAGGAUUGCGUUACAAUGGUUCUCCAGCAUUAUUUGCAAGAAUGCCAGCAGAAAUUGAUGCAGUGUAUUAUAGCAUGUCUCACAAGAAAAGAGGGCUUGCAGUGAUUUUCAAUCAUGAAAAUUUUGAUAUUCAAAGUUUGAAGGCACGUGCAGGAACCAAAGUAGACCGUAACAACCUCAGCGAGUCUCUCUCGAAACUUGGAUUUGAGGUCAAAGUAUAUGAUGAUCUCACAUACAAGUCUGUGAAAGAAAUUGUUGAAGAAGCUGCACGCUAUGACCAUAAUGAAUGUGACUGCUUCGUCAUGGCUGUGCUGUCACAUGGAGAGAUGGGCGUUUUGUAUGCCAAGGACACAGCAUACAAGCCUGAGUUUCUCUGGACACAUUUCACUGCGGAUAGGUGUCCCAGCUUAGCUGGAAAACCAAAAUUAUUCUUCAUUCAGGCAUGCCAGGGUGACAAGUUGGAUGGUGGGAUUACACUGAGAACGGAAACAGAUGGUGCCCCACUUUCAUAUAGGAUUCCAACGCAAGCAGACUUCCUGAUAGCAUAUUCGACAGUUCCAGGAUACUACUCAUGGCGCAACACUACCUACGGCUCAUGGUUCAUGCAGGCCCUCUGCUGGGAACUCCAGAGUCGAGGAACGAAACUUGAUAUUCUGACACUGUUGACAUUUGUGUGUCAGCGUGUUGCAAUAGACUUCGAAUCCAAUACACCUAAUAACGAUGUUAUGCAUAGGCAGAAGCAAAUACCGUGCAUCACAACAAUGCUGACAAGAUUAUUGCGUUUUGAGGAGAAGAAGUAAUAUAGCUUUAGUUAUAGAAUUUUGUGUGUGUGAAAAAAAAAAAAAAAAAAAUUUGUGAUGCAGCAAAUGCUGUAACAGUUCCAGGUUUGAUGAUGUGUAAGAAAUUGCACAUUCAAAAGUGCAAACUGUCAGUUUCAUUAUUUUGAGAAUAGAGGGAAUUUUUGCCAGUAUAUUUUUUAUACAAUAGCCUUUGUUUUUUUUU